CCCAGCUUCCUGCUUAAAGAAAUUUUCCUGGUCUUUACCUGUUACAAACAACAAGGUGCAAAGAAAAAUCUCCAUUUAUGACUUCAAUUAUCUUCCAGUUUAGCUCAAAAGCUCUCAAGAAUGGCACUGUCUCAGAUCAUUUUCACUUUCGCACUAUUGCUAACUAUUCAUCCGGCAAUAGCAUCACCAAUGGCGAAGCCCAACUGCGCAGAUCAUUGCGGAAACAUUACCAUUCCAUUCCCAUUUGGAAUAGGCAUCGGUUGUUAUAUGGAUGAAUGGUUUGAGAUUGAGUGUGUCACCACCAGCCAUCCUCCUAAAGCAUUUUUGCGCCGCAUCAACAUGGAGUUGCUGGGUAUUGAUCUCCAAGGCGGCACAGCUCAAAUCACGAGUCCAAUAAUAACCUCCAACUGCUCCGGCAAGGAUGAGGUCCUGCCCGUGAAUUUGGGUGGAAGUUCUUUCUUCUUGUCUGAUUCGAAUAUAUUCAUUGCAAUCGGUUGCAACACCCGUGCUUUAUUGACCGACAACACGCCCCAGCUCGUGGGGUGCGACUCAACAUGCUUUGGCCAUGACGAUGUUGAUUGGCAAGAAUUGCUUCCUAAAUUCACAACUACGAAUUCAGAUGUUCAUUGGAUACAGAAGUAUUGCAAUGGUUACAAUUGCUGUCAGGCUGUGAUACCUUCAUUUCUUCAGGUUUUCAACGCAAGUUUCCAGGCUAUAGAUAGCAAUCAACGCAAAGAUGGCUGCAAAUUGGCCUUUCUAGCAGACGGAUCAGCAUGGGUUUCUCAAGAAAAGGAUGCCCCUGUUCAGUUUCGGAUACAGCUAACUUGGAGGAUCAAUUCCAGUGUAUGGAAAUAUGAUGACUUUGAAACUGCAAAUUGUUCUAUGAGCUACAUUUCUUUCUACAAGACAGGAUUCCUAUGUUCUUGCGAGGAUGGCUACGAGGGCAAUCCUUACCUUCAAUGCAAAGACAUUAAUGAAUGCAAGGACCCAAAUUAUAGAUCGUGUCCGUGGAUCACAAAAUGUGUUAAUACUCCAGGAGCAUAUAAAUGUGUGAUAGAUACAUUAUGGAUUAUCAUCUUUGGUAUGUGUGCUUGCUUUCUAGUAUUGUUUGUGGUUGUUCUUGGCUCACGGUGGUUGUGCAAAUCAAUAAAGAAACGAAACAACGUUAGGAGGAGGGAGAAUUUCUUCAAAAGAAUGUUACAGCAACAAAAGUUUUCAAGUCAAGGCAAUGUUGAGAAUGCAAAGAUCUUCGGUUUAAAAGAGUUGGAGAAGGCUACUGAUCACUUCAAUGUGAAUAGAAUUAUAGGCCAAGGUGGCCAAGGUACUGUUUAUAAAGGAAUGUUAGUUGAUGGAAGAAUUGUUGCUGUUAAGAAAUCCAGGAUAGAAAAUGAAGAAGAAUUUGAACAUUUCAUCAAUGAAGUUGUCAUUUUAUCACAAAUUAGUCACAGGAAUGUGGUAAAGCUACUUGGGUGUUGCUUGGAGACUGAGGUUCCUCUGCUUGUCUACGAGUUCAUCUCCAAUGGAACACUUUCUCGGUUUCUUCAUGACCCAGAUGAAGAAUUUCAAUUAUCUUGGGAAAAACGUCUGCAAAUUGCCAUAGAAAUCUCAGAAGCUCUUGCUUAUUUGCAUUCUGCAGCAGCUGUGCCAAUUUUUCAUCGAGACAUUAAGUCAAAAAACAUACUCUUGGAUGAAAAGUACAGAGCAAAAGUAUCAGAUUUUGGAAUUUCAAGAUCCAUUGCCCUUGGCCAGACUCACCUAACCACUAACGUGCAAGGUACUUUUGGAUACUUGGAUCCACAAUACUUUCACACAAGAAAAUUUACAGAGAAAAGUGAUGUGUAUAGCUUUGGCGUAGUUCUUGUUGAGCUCUUGACUGGCCGAGAGCCGAUUUGCUCUGCGAUGUCCCAAGAAUUCAUUGGUUUAGCCACACAUUUUAUUCAAAUGAUGGAAAAUGACAAAAUGUUUGAUAUGCUUGACCCUCGAAUUAUGGAGCACUGCAUCAAAGAAGAAGCCAUGGCUGUUGCUAACCUUGCAAAAAGAUGCUUGAACUUUCAUGGAAAGAAACGACCUUCAAUGAAACAAGUGACAAUGGAGUUGGAGGCGAUCUCCCAAAACAAUUUGAAUGCUGUUCAAAUUCAAUGGAAUGAAAUUAAAUGCACGCUUGAAGAUGCUGCUGCUGCUUCUUCUUCAGCAAGGUCAAGUUUUGCUACUAGUGAUGCUUUAUCAAUUGACACUGACCCAUUUAUUUCUGUUAGUUGAAGAACCCAAGAAGAGUAAGAUAGUUUUUCUUUAUCAUACAUGAACUAAGGAGGAGAAGUGAAGAGAGAGGAAAGGGGAAAAAUUGUAUUUAUCAGUUUAUUACAAAUAUUUCAAAAUAUUUUUCUUUAAAUCGGUGAGGAAGGGAGAUAAAUGAAAAUUUAAUUUCCUUUUUCUUUUCUUCUUUCCAUUGCCACAAUUCAAACAAAGGAUUAGAGAUUCAAACAUAGAAUUAUUAUUUUUCCUCUUUUUCCUUUAUGGGGUUAUCAUAUUCCAUCUCCACCAUAUACUGUUGCCCAAAUUCUAAUGCACCUCUGCAGUAUCACCACUUUGUGGCUGGGGCCUUGCGGGACUGGGCAUGCAAUGUUGGAUUCUGGAAAUCAUCUCCCAAGUUCUGAAGCAAGAAUCCAUUUCCACACAAAGGUAGAUUGAUUGAUUGAUUGAUUUCAACAGGCUGACUCAUUACAAAUUGCA